UUGCUGCAGCACGACCUGGUUGCCAGCGCCAGUCGGUGUUGCUGCAGUGGAUUAGCAUUUCUUUUUAAGGCGCUGCGUGCAGAGAGCAGAGUCCAGUGUUGAUGUGAGAGCUCCGUGAAGAUGCAGCGUAUCUACAUGCACAGCAACGAGCACUUUGACGUGUUCACCACCGUCCUCGCGCCGCAAGUCAGGAAUCGAUACAGAGCAGAGGCUGAGAAGAUGGUGGUGGUGCGCAGCUACAGUCCCCACUGGCCAGAUGAGCUGGAGCUGGCUGCUGGUGACGUCAUUGUGGUUCUGUCCCAACAUGAGGAGGGGCGGUGGUUCGGGCGUCUGCAGGAUGGCCAGCAGGGCUACUUCCCCGCCUCUUGUGUCGUGGAGCUGGGCCAGGAUAAAAGCGUAAGGAGGAGCACGUCUCUGAGAACCUCGUCCUCGGAUCAAGACGGGGGCGCACGCCGCAACAGUGCGAGUGGACACAUUCUGCAGGCGCUCAGGAGGGGGAGCCGAGGAGGAGGAGGUGCAGGGGAAGCGGGCCUGGAUGGCGGCCAGGAUGGCAGCGAGGCCCCCGUGCCCCCAUCGCGGAGGCCCUCCUACACCCCGCAGCUCCAACACGCGAGUCCCCAGAUGCAGCGCUCCUCGCCGGGCCUGCUGCACAGGAUCUUGUCCAGGUGCCGCAGGAAGAGCGACUGCCAGGGGGCCACCAACGGGGCCUUUGAGGAGGACUAAGGACUAAGGGGCAGGUAUUCUGGCUCCCGGUUGGUGAUGUCACAAGGUUUCAUGGCAGCUCUUGGUGUGACAUCACAAAUGGGGCGUGGCUUCACAACCAAAACUUUUUUCCUCGUUUUUUUUCCUUGUUUAAACAAUCAAAAGCUGUUCUUUAACCCUUUGGAUGUCUUAGGUGGUCUUCCCCAUUACCCCACCUAAUUAAUAUGCCCCCCCCCAACCUAUUCAUUAAAAAUCUGUACACAAAAAUCUAUCUUAUGUUACUACAAUAUAUCAUAAUAAUACAACAAAAGCAAUCACAUCUAAUUACAGUUUUGUUAUACUAACUCUGGUAAAUAUCUAGUGUCUAUCUAAUGUCCCCCAAACAAUUAGUUAAGCAAAAAACUCAAUAUUGCCCAACCAAUCCCAAAAAAUAAUGAUAAGAAUUCAAAAUAUUUAUUAAAAAUCACACUAAAUUGACCUAUAUAAUAAUACAAAGUAUGCAUAUAACAAUGAUAAAUGAAAUUCAAUGUAGCAAAUAAUUAAAAAAAAAGAGUUGCUGCACUAACUCUUACUAAAUUUCUCAGCCGGGGGUGUUUUUUUCCUCCGAGGACCGCAUGCAGAAACAUUUCAGGCCGCUCUUAUAUGCACUUAUUUCUAACAGCCAUGCAGACUGUAGUCGCGGGCCAAUAAAAAAGUAGCCCCGGGCCUCACUUUGGACACCCCUGACGCAGGGUGACGAGUGCAUAGUAAAAAGUGCAUGAAAAGUAUAUACGUGCUGUUGAAUAGUCACAUGCAGACUUGAACAAUGCCAUUGCUUGUGUCACCAUCAAGUUUGUGUGAGGGUGCACUGUAAAUAUGUGAAGGUGGAGCCUGUUUUUAUCAUUAAACAACCAGCAAAUCCAUCCCACAAGUCCAAUUCUGCCUUUUUCCACUAAAUAAUAGUAAUGUAGUUGAUGUGUGAUGGUUGCCAUGGCUACGCUAAAACAUCUCACCAAUGAACAUCCCACCCCCCACCCACACACACACACACAAUGCUAGCCUUGGUCUUGACCUCUGUGGACAUACACCCCCUCCCCUCCGAUAUUGACGACGCAUACAUCAUCAACAUGGACUUUCCCGCCAAAAGAGCAUGUAGCGAGGGUGUGUGGUGGUGGUGUUGGUGGGGGUUCAUGGUGCCUGCCAGAUGACUGCUCUGUCAGCCCGAUAAUGGCCUGCCAUCUGCUGUCUAGCAUUCACAAAAGGCGGUGUGCGUGUGUGCGUGCGUGCAUGCAGAUAGGCAGGUGGGUGUGGUCGCGCGCACAUGCGCGCAUACAAAUCAUACAAGUGCUAUGAACCUUUAGGAUGCACACCCAUCCCAGCCCUGCGUGUAUGACAGCAUUCAAUACUGAAAAUAGAACGUCCACUGAAAUGUUAUAUAUUAUAUGUGUUGAUCAUACGAGUGAAUUGUAUUUAGCAUUUUAUUUUUUAAAUUUAAUUUUGUUGUCCUUUCUAUUUUUUGAGCAUUUGAUCCUAUUAAAAAUAAUUA